CGUCUCCAUCGACUGCUCCGUGCUGAACUUGCAGGCGGGCGUUUGAGGACGCCGUUCCUAGCAUGGCGGCGUUGUGUGGUCAGUACCGGCAUUGGCGGAGAGCGGCAGCCCAGUUGCUCAGCGGUGUGAGGUGUCUGUCAGCAAAGUUUGACUAUGAUCUGCUGGUGAUUGGUGGAGGUUCAGGAGGUCUGGCUUGUUCCAAAGAAGCUGCAUUGUGUGGGAAGAAAGUAGCUGUGCUGGAUUUUGUGGAGCCUUCACCAAAAGGAACCAGCUGGGGUCUAGGAGGUACAUGCGUCAAUGUUGGCUGCAUUCCCAAGAAGCUGAUGCAUCAUGCUGCCCUCUUAGGUGGAGCUAUGAAAGAUGCCCAGAAGUUUGGUUGGCUUGUCCCUGGUCAAUUUACUCAUGAUUGGUCAACAAUGUCUCAAGCAGUACAAAACUACGUCAGAUCUCUGAACUGGGGGCAUCGGGUGCAGCUGAAUGACAAAAAUGUGAAGUUUUUGAACCUCAAAGGCACUUUUAAGGAUGAACACUCUGUCCGAGCAGUUUCCAAAUCUGGUAAAGAGACUGUUUUGACUGCUGAAAAUAUUGUGAUAGCUACUGGAGGACGGCCGAAGUACCCAUCUGAUGUACCAGGAGCAGUAGAGUAUGGACUUUCAAGCGAUGACCUUUUCUGGUUGAAAGAGACUCCUGGUAAAACGUUAGUUGUUGGUGCAAGCUAUGUUGCUCUGGAGUGUGCUGGCUUUCUCACAGGAAUCGAGUUAGAUGUCUCUGUGAUGGUGAGAAGCAUUCCACUACGAGGAUUUGAUCAGCAAAUGGCCCACCUCGUGACUGAUUAUAUGGAAUCAAAUGGCACCAAGUUCUUAUGGAAGUGUGUUCCCACUAAAGUGGAAAGGAUGCCUACGGGACAGCUGCAGACCACUUGGAGGCACCUGGAGUCUGGCCAGGAGGGCAAAGCACACUUUGACACAGUACUGUGGGCUGUAGGUAGGGCACCUGAAACCAAAGCUCUAAACCUGGAAAAAAUUGGAGUGGAGGUCAACAAUAAAACGGGCAAAGUUAUUGUGGCAGCCAAUGAUGCUACUUCAGUUCCUCACAUAUAUGCAAUUGGUGACAUUGCAGAAGGGCGACCUGAACUGACCCCUUCAGCUAUUAAAGCUGGGAAACUUCUAGCAAGAAGAUUAUUCAACAGUUCUACUGAAUUAAUGAAUUAUGACAAUGUCCCUACGACAGUAUUUACACCCCUUGAAUAUGGCUGUAUUGGCCUUUCUGAAGAGGAAGCCGUCAGGCGCCACGGCGAGGAAAACAUUGAGGUAUUUCAUGCCUUUUACAAGCCUCUGGAGUUCACUGUCUCUGAAAGAGAUUCCAGCCAGUGUUAUAUCAAGGUUGUGUGUUUUCGGAAUAGUGAACAGAAAAUACUUGGGCUGCACUUUAAUGGACCUAACGCUGGAGAAGUAACUCAGGGAUUUUCACUUGGAAUACAGUGUGGGGCUACCUAUUCCCAUCUCAUGUCCACUGUGGGUAUCCAUCCAACCUGUGCUGAAGAAAUCACCAAGCUUCAUAUUACUAAGCGUUCUGGUCUGGAUGCUACUGUUACUGGCUGCUGAGGUUAGGCUUAAUCCCUGAAGAUAACAAAAAACACCUGGAAGAUCUCUCCACUUGGAAGCUUGCACGUAAAACGA